GCCGCCUUCCAUAGCUCUAUCUUCAUACGACAGUUCACUUUUCAGAGGUAGUCGAGCGUCUGAUAUCUGUCGUGAGAGACCCGUGCAACGUACCUUUACAACACCCUCCAACAGACCAUUGCACGAAUUCGACAUGCCGAUCCCUGAGCGGUGGCAUAUGACACCUACGCCGUGGUAUCAGAGAUACGCAAAAGCAUUCUUCUCACUUCUCCUCGCUGUCAUACUCAGCCUAGCCCUGGAACGUCAAGCACGUCCGUACGCUGUUCCUGACAUCGAUCACACGCUCGCUGGAUUGCCACUCAGCUUCACUGCUCCUAGGGUAACAGCAAUUCCACUCAACGUCUUGGACGAACAACUCGGCUCUCACGUGCAGAACCUCAUCGCAUCAGCAGCCUCGGUUCACGACUUCGCUACGGAAACAUCAUGGAGGAAGGUCAGCGACAAGGACUUUACCGUGCAAGUCCCCAAUACCGACUGCGAACUUCUUGUUAGUGAAAGCGCAAAGAACAUCGCCCUUGUGCGAGCUGUCGACGCAGCCGUUGCAACUUUCCUCAAUCGGAACACACACUACCAACUACGAGCCGUCUCUGAGACCUUGAACGAUUGCGAGCGUAGCGUGACGGCAGCUAUGUACCCACCCUCUAGGCCUGUAUGGUCGUCCAAACGCCCCUUGGUUCAACAUGGCGAAACCGCACUUGCCCGCUGCUACAAAACACUCUAUUCGCUUGUCAGGAGCGUUGAUGCUGCGCCAGCUCGAGUAUUCGAAGCCGCUGAGGCCCUUUUGGCUCAUAGCAAGACUUCCAUGCAUGUCGCGAACCACGGCAUAUUCGACCGGCCGUACCCUUGCCCUGACACAAGAGUUCAUAACGUAUGUAAGCUUGCCGACGUUGCAAUCGAGAAAAAAGAGGCAUUUCGUGAUUUCGCACGGAAUCUGUCAAAGAUCGAGGACACCAGCAUGGAACUCGAAAAGAUGAUGACUCAGUACAUUAGUAUGUGGCAGCACCCUCUUGACUAUCUGAGUGCACAGAUGUGGGGGCAGGAACAUCACAUUGCUGGCCAAUAUAGAGAUGACGAUCCGCAUAGAUGGACGCAUGAAGUGUUGCCACCAAGGGAGGCUGUGCGGCGGCUACAAUAUAUAUUUGCCGCAUCUGUGCAGAUGAAGUAAACAGAUACCGGUAGGGACAUGGGGAGUGAACUUUUUCCUACCACAAUUACCACAACCAGAGUCUCUACGCAGGUGGAAAUGUUUUCUCCAACUCGUCCCAUGCCUCUAUUCUCAGAUGUUCCCGUAUAUCAGGCCCGUCCCUAGAUCUCUGAAUGAUCCUGUUUACUUCUGCAAGAAUAGAUUCGUAAACAUCCU